UCGUUAUGAUAAAUCAUCCAGUUUGGUCUUCUGAUUAUGUAUUUCAGACUAAUUUAAAAUUGCUUGCAUGGGCUGGCGUCCUCUGUUGCUUGGUAUGGAAUGGAUUUGCUCAGCAAGGUGGAAGUGACUGCAUAAAGGCUAAUGCAAAAUCAUGUGGUGAAUGUAUACAAGCAGGACCAAACUGUGGUUGGUGUAAAAAAACAGACUUUUUGCAAGAAGGAGAACCAACAUCUGCCCGAUGUGAUGACUUGGCAGCACUAAAGAGUAAAGGCUGUCCUAUGGAAGAUAUAGAAAAUCCCAGAGGUAGCAAACAGGUGCUUGAAGAUAGAGAAGUAACGAAUCGUAAGAUAGGUGCUGCAGAGAAGCUGAAACCAGAGGCCAUUACACAGAUCCAGCCACAAAAAUUAGUACUGAAACUAAGAGUCGGGGAACCCCAAACAUUUUCAUUAAAAUUUAAGAGAGCUGAAGACUACCCCAUUGACCUUUAUUAUCUUAUGGACCUCUCCUAUUCUAUGAAGGAUGAUUUAGAGAAUGUGAAAAGUCUCGGAACGGCUCUGAUGGUAGAAAUGGGAAAAAUAACUUCAGACUUUCGAAUUGGCUUUGGCUCUUUUGUGGAGAAAACUGUGAUGCCAUAUAUAAGUACAACACCAGCCAAACUCAGAAAUCCUUGUACAGGUGACCAGAACUGUACAAGUCCAUUUAGCUAUAAAAAUGUACUCAGCCUUACCAGUGAAGGAAAUAAAUUCAAUGAACUUGUAGGUAAACAGCACAUUUCUGGGAAUUUAGAUUCUCCUGAAGGUGGAUUUGAUGCAAUAAUGCAGGUUGCAGUUUGUGGGGAACAAAUUGGCUGGAGAAAUGUUACAAGACUAUUAGUGUUUUCUACGGAUGCUGGAUUUCACUUUGCAGGAGAUGGUAAACUUGGUGGAAUUGUUUUACCAAAUGAUGGGAAAUGUCAUCUGGAAAAUAAUAUGUACACAAUGAGCCACUAUUACGAUUAUCCCUCUAUUGCUCAUCUGGUACAGAAGCUUAGUGAGAACAAUAUUCAGACAAUCUUUGCCGUUACUGAAGAGUUUCAGGCAGUUUAUAAGGAAUUGAAAAACCUGAUACCAAAAUCGGCAGUGGGAACAUUGUCUUCAAACUCCAGCAAUGUGAUUCAGCUGAUCAUUGAUGCAUACAAUUCCCUUUCUUCAGAGGUUAUCCUGGAAAACAGUAAGCUACCAAAAGGAGUGACAAUCAGUUAUAAGUCUUUCUGCAAGAAUGGAGUGAAUGACACACAAGAAGAUGGAAGGAAAUGUUCCAACAUUUCAAUUGGAGAUGAGGUUAAAUUUGAGAUUAAUGUAACAGCUAAUGAAUGUCCAAAGAAAGAACAAAAUGAAACAAUUAAAAUUAAACCACUGGGAUUCACUGAAGAAGUGGAAAUUAAUCUCCAGUUCAUCUGUGAAUGUCAGUGUCAAAGUGAAGGAGAACCUAAUAGUCCAGCCUGCCACGAAGGAAAUGGAACAUUUGAAUGUGGUGCAUGCAGAUGUAAUGAAGGACGUAUUGGAAGACUAUGUGAAUGUAGUACAGAUGAAGUAAAUAGUGAGGAUAUGGAUGCUUACUGCAGGAGGGAGAACAGUACAGAAAUAUGCAGUAACAAUGGAGAAUGCAUUUGUGGACAAUGCGUAUGCAAGAAAAGAGAAAACACCAAUGAAGUGUAUUCUGGCAAAUAUUGUGAAUGUGAUAACUUCAACUGUGAUCGAUCAAAUGGUUUGAUUUGUGGAGGUGAGAAACUACUUCAGAGUUUUCUGCAGGCAAAACUGGGCAGCAGUUUACAAGUCUGUCAGCUCUACCCUGUAGAGUAG